CUCAAAAGUCCCGGGCCAAUCGUGGCCGCACCGCCCUCCCGUUCUGCGGGCGCAGCGGGUGUGACCUCAUCGCUUGCGUUUAUGGGUCAGUUCUGGGUUGUGCCCCUCCUUGUCCACCUGCUGCAUCCCCCCCCCUUUGUUUUCCAGACCUUUCCUGGGCGGGGGCUGGCGGUCAAACAGGAUCAAGGCCAGGGGGCUGCGACACUCCGUUCCCGUUCCGUGCGGAACUCCUGGGGUUUGAACGCAGUGGGCCCUGCUCCCAAGGUCAAUGAGGCUGGGACUGGGGGCCUGGGAGGCCAAGGCCGGAGUUGGAUGCGCUGAGGCGGGACAGCGCUCUUCAGAAAUAAGAGGAGUGACCCUUCAGUCCACGCUCUGGGUUUACAGGCCCGGGAAACUGCGUCCAGGGAGAGACAGCGGGAGGGCUCCAUCUCAGAACCCUGGAGCCCCGGCACUGCAGGGCAGAGCCUCCGCGGUGCGCCCUGGGGCACGCCCCUUCCCUCCCCAGACGUGAUCUGCCUGGCUCAGUGCAGAGAGUGAGGGCUGACCUUAGGAUAGGGGUUCUUUUCGUCUUUGAUGGAGCCACUGCCUCUCUCCGGCCUCAGUUUCCCCAUCAGUCCAAAGGUGAUUUCUAAGCCUCUCCCAGCUGUACCUCCUAGAGCGGCGGGCGUGGGGGUGUUGUGGGGGUUGUUGCUGGGCUCAGGGUCCGAUACCUCGCCCCUCUCUGGCCUCCGUGGGCUUCCAUCCCUCAGGCCCCAGCCAGGCGCCAGGAUGCGCAGGGCUGGGGUCCCAGGGGCGCAGCCCCCUGCGGCUGCGCGCUGGGCCGGUCGGUGACAUCACCAGGCCAGGGAGGGGAGGAGCGCGCGGGAGCUCAGGGCCUCGAUAGCGCCAGGCACAGCCCGGGUCGGCUCGGUCCGGUGGCCGCAGCCAUGACGCAGGGUCCGGGCUGGCGGGCGCCCUCCGCGCCCCCCGCGCCCCCCGAGCCCGAGGCACCCACCACCUUCUGCGCGCUGCUGCCGCGCAUGCCUCAGUGGAAGUUUGUGGCGCCCGGCGGCUUCCUGGGCCGCGGCCCCGCAGCAGCGCGGGCGGCGGACCCUCAGACCGAGCGCGAGGGCCCAGCGGGCGUCCCCGCGUUGGCUGCUGCUGUGCUUGGCGCCUGCGAGCCGCGCUGCGCCGCGCCUUGUCCUCUGCCGGCGCUCAACCGCUGCCGAGCUGCGGGGGCGCGCGGGCCUCGGGGCGCGCGGGGUGCAUCCGGGCCCCCAGAAGCCGCCGCGGACGAGUGGGUCCGCAAGGGAAGCUUCAUCCACAAGCCCGCGCAUGGCUGGCUGCACCCCGACGCCCAGGUCCUGGGGCCCGGGGUCUCCUACAUCGUUCGGUACAUGGGCUGCAUCGAGGUGCUCCGCUCCAUGCGCUCCCUGGACUUCAGCACACGCACCCAGGUGACCAGGGAAGCCAUCAACCGACUCCACGAGGCUGUGCCCGGAAUCCGGGGCUCCUGGAAGAAGAAGGCCCCCAAUAAGGCGCUGGCCUCCAUCCUGGGCAAGAGCAACCUGCGCUUUGCUGGCAUGAGCAUUUCUGUCAACAUCUCCAUCGAAGGCCUCAACCUCUCGGUGCCGGCCACCCGCCAGGUCCUCGCCACCCACCACAUGCAGUCCAUCUCCUUCGCCUCAGGCGGCGACACGGACAUGCUGGACUACGUGGCCUAUGUCGCCAAGGACCCCAUCAACCAGAGAGCCUGCCACAUCCUGGAGUGCUGUGAGGGUCUGGCGCAGAGCGUGAUCGGCACCGUGGGCCAGGCCUUUGAGCUGCGCUUCAAGCAGUACCUGCAUGGCCCCCCGAUGGCAGCGGUGCCCCCUGAGAGGCUGACUGGGCUGGAGGAGUCGGCCUUGGGGGACGAGGAGGAGGCCGAGGGACACGACUACUACAACAGCAUCCCGGGGAAGGAGCCACCCCCGGGUGGUCUGGUGGACUCCAGGCUCCCAGCCACCCAUCCCUGCACCCUCGGGGCCCUCAGCCAGGGCUCAUCUGCCUGGAGAGACGCCUGCGGCCUGCAGUGGGACCUGGGUCCCUCGGGUUCAGCCCAGCCGGGGGAUGGCUAUGUGCAGGCUGACGCCCGGGGGCCACGCGACUACGAGGACCAUCUGUACGUCAACACCCAGGGCCUGGACGCUGCAGAACCUGUGGACCCUGCGCCCCUGCCCCCCGAGGACAGCCCCCAGAAGGACCUGUUUGAUAUGCGACCCUUCGAGGACGCCCUGAAGCUGCACGAGUGUUCGGUGGUGGUGGGUGGGACGGCACCCCUGCCUCCCCUGGAGGACCAGUGGCCCAGCCCCCCCACCCGGCGGGCCCCAGUUGCCCCCACAGAGGAACAGCUGCGUCAGGAGCCCUGGUACCAUGGCCGCAUGAGUCGGCGGGCAGCAGAGAAGCUGCUCCGUGUGGACGGGGACUUCCUGGUGCGUGACAGUGUCACCAACCCCGGGCAGUACGUCCUCACGGGCAUGCAGGCCGGGCAGCCCAAGCACCUGCUGCUGGUGGACCCCGAAGGUGUGGUGCGGACAAAGGACGUGCUGUUCGAGAGCAUCAGCCACCUCAUUGCCUACCACCUGCAGAACGGGCAGCCCAUCGUGGCCGCUGAGAGCGAGCUGCACCUGCGUGGUGUGGUCCCGCGGGAGCCCUGAACCAGGGCCAUGGCUCUGCUGCCGCCCAGGUGCCCUGUCAUGGCCUCGUGGUGCUCGGCCGUCCCUCGGACCUCUCAGGCCAGGACACCUUGCCACUGCUGCUCCUUUCUCCGCAUGAGCCUCUGGAGUGCCCCCUGCCUGAGCCCCACCUGCUGCGAGGCUCCUGCGGCCAGGGCCCCAACCCAAAGACAGACCCUUUCUUGCCUUUAAAGGAAACGUACCAAAACGCAGCCUCCUCUGUCCCAUGGUGGGCAGCAGUCUCCUGCCGGCUGGACUUGGCGUGUGUCCCUGGAGCGUGAGGGUUCCUGGCCCUGGUGUGGACUGGACUCCUGUCCUGGCUGGGCUGCCUUUCCAACUGAGGAGCUGCGUGCACGCUGACUGUUUGGGGGGGAAUCAGGUGCUCGGGGGUCUCAGGCCAGGCCACUCACUGACACUGGGGUGGGGCAGCCUGGGGCCCUGGUGGUCACAGUGGCACCUGGGAAGCCCCCUGCCCAUUGGUACAGGAGGAGGGAUGUGACUGCCCACCAAGACGUGCCCACAGCUGCCCUGCCUUCCCCUCCCAGCCGUUGACCUGGACUGGACACUUGAAUCUGUAACUAACCCUGGGCAUGGCCACAGCCUCUUCUGUGGGCCCACCUCCACAUGGACGGGUUCUGGUGGGCAUCCAAGUGGAGGCCCAGGGACCCAGGUUGGCCUUGGGGCUGUUGGGGCGCAGACAGUGGGCCAGGGACCUGGCUGGGAGCUACACCCGACCUGUGGGCUGGCCCCCCACCCCUCUGUUUCCGCUCCAAGAUAAAGUGAACUCAGCCCUGUGGA